AUGGACGCCAAGAAGCGCAAGUCGUUCGUAACGUCGACUGGGCGCUCGUCCGACACGGAGAGCGAGUGCUCCGCCGCGCCGGCGUCGCAGCUGCCACGAGGACCCGACGAGCUGCACGAAGAGGUUGUCGCCGACAAUGGCCUGUCGUCUGCCGACGCCAAGAAGCAGCGAGUCGCUGCCCCUUGUGGGACGCCGGACAAGCCACCGGUGGACUCAGAUGCGUUGUGUGGUUCCAGACCCCUCUCGGUGCUGAGCGGGACGGAUGCGCUGCAAGUCGUUGGUGGUGGUGAAGGGACUGCCAUGAAAGUCGAAGCGCCAGUGACGCUGUUACCGGUCGUCGCAGCAGCUGCUACUGCGACUGGUACUGCGACAGGUAGUGGUCUUGACGCGCGCCCGCGAAAAGGCCGUCGCGUGCGCAAGACGAACCUCGAGAAGAUGGAGAUUUUGGCGUUUGUUGACCGGGGCGGAUCGCAAGGCGCAGCCGCGGAGAAGUUUGGCGUGUCGCGGACGGCCGUGACCAAGAUGGUGAAAGAACGGGCCGCGAUCUCGGCCCAAGCGCUCGUGGAGAGCGUGACGAGCUCGCGCAAAGUGCUGCAGUACCAGCACAAACUCAGUGUGAUUGAAGACAUGCUGCACAAGUGGCAGAUGCAGACCGAGGUGGACGCCCCUGCGCUCAAGAUCACGGGCGAGCUGUUGCAGUCGAAAGCCAUGGAGUUUCGCAACAAGAUCUUGGCCGAUUACAGCAGUGAACUGACGGACGAAGUGGUCAUAUCGCUCACGGACUUUAAAGCGUCGAAUGGAUGGCUGCAUCGGUACAUGCAGCGACGUAGCAUGCGGUCGCUGUCGCGAUUGCAGGGCCAGGCGGGAGGCGCACUGCUGUCAACGGAUCGACUGAACCACGAUCAACGUAUUCAGAAAGUCCGUGACUUGCUCUUGACGGUCAGUCCAACGUGUAUAUGGAAUCUGGACGAAGUGGCGCUGCGCCAUCGCACGACGUCGGCCAGACUGGACUCGAUUGUCAAUAUGGACGCACGUAGCCUUGAGCGCAUCUCAGUUGCUAUGGCAUUGAGCGCAUCUGGGGAAAAGCUUUUCUUGCAAGUUGUUGGAAAAGACCCACUUCCAGACUCGUUGAAGGACGUGAACGCGUUGAUGAGCUACGGUGUCCAGUACCGUGACCAUUGCCAAGCUGCACACGAUGCGCAAGCGGUACUCGACUUCAUCCACGCGAUGAACCAAGAAGCAGCAACCCGAAAGCAGGUGUGGUAUUUGGUGCUGGACAGCUGCACCGCACACAUAGCUGCUGCGCACGCGCUCAACCCGUCCGGCUCGUUUCGAAAUAGCUUCAGCUUUGAGUCCAUUGUGCUACUCUUCGUACCCCCUAGCCCGUCGCGUGAUGCUCAGCCUCUUCACCAAGGUAUCGUGAAGUCGUUUAAGCUACGCUACCGUCGUGAGAUGCUGCAGACAUUGCUUCAGGAGCACAAGCUGUGGGAAGAAGCUAUUGCAAGUGGUCAACGCGGGCACAAGUCAACGCCAGGUGAAGCAUCGGCUGUCGAUGAUGUCUUUGAUGUUCACGCGUACACGCACAUGCGGAACACGUUGAUGUGGCUCCAUGUAGCGUGGGAGUCGAUACCGCAGUCGUCCAUUCGACAGGCGUGGUCUACAAGUUUGUACUUGCCCGCGGCUGUUCCUGGGGACAGUGAGUCCUCGGCAUCACUGUCUGAAGAAAGUGAAGUUAUGAUGUUUACGGAACUGCUAGCUCAGCUAGCAAAAGUGCCAGCGCUUCAAAGGGCAUUGGGACUCGAUUGUACAGACGACCCCGGUCAGUUUAUGAUGGAGCUGCUCGAUUUCGACAAGUCUGAAACCACUGGCACGGAUGAAGUUGCCAAAGAUAACGAGAUUGUAGUCGAAAGCUUGGCUUCUCAAGGACUUCUUGGCGACACGCAACGGGCAUUGGUGCUAGAGGGCAUGAAGAGCGAUGAUCCGCCUUUCCUCACGGCAAGUGAGGCUCACGUGACAGUAUCACGGUUAUUGCACUUUAUCCAAGACAACAACAAUCUGUUGACUAUGUCCGAGCGGCGAACCGGACGCACGAAUCUCUUGAUGUUGCAACGAUUGCUGGUAAAAGCCCGAAAGAGGGAACACGAAAGGGGAGCAACUACCGACUUUACUGUAUAA